AUGCUUUUGUGUUGUUCACUCACGACUACUUUUCAUCUUUGUCGCACCCUAGACCACCAUUGGCUAAUUGCUCUCUCCUCGACCAUUACUACAAUGUUCUCCAGAGGCCUAGCCACACUGUCCAAGAAUAGGAUCGGAAUUAAAUCAACAGCUGCAGUUCAACUAUGUUUGGAUAACUGCAUUCCCUACAGCACUCACAACGCCCUUCUUUACAACACGCUCGCCUCUACUGCCGUCCGCAACAGGUACUUGGGUGUCAGAUUAUACUCGACUCCUCCAUCCACAGAGCAGAAGAAAGAAAAGCCUCCUUUGAUGCAAAGAAUUAAACAUGAGGUCAAACACUACGUAAACGGUACUAAACUGUUAGGCUAUGAGAUCAAAGUCUCAACGAAACUGCUAAUAAAGUUCAGUCAAGGUUACGAAUUGACGAGAAGAGAGCAAAAUCAAUUGAAGAGAACCAUCAGUGACGUAUUCAGAUUGAUCCCAUUUUCUGCUUUCGUCAUCAUUCCAUUCGCUGAAUUGUUGUUACCGAUUGCUCUUAAGAUAUUCCCAAAUUUGUUACCUUCGACUUACGAGAGUGUCACUGAUAAGGAUCAAAAAAGGGUGAAAUUGUUAGAAACUAGAAGAAAAACAUCUAAAUUUUUACAUGAAACUUUAGAAGAAUCAAACUUAUUGAACUACAACUCAAUCGAAAAUGUUGAAAAAAGAAAAAUCUUUAUAAGCUUCUUCAAAAAAUUGUAUAACUCUAAAAAUGAUUCCUCUAUCAAAUUUGAACAUGAAGAAAUCAUGACUAUCGCAAAUAUGUUUAAAAAUGACACAGUGUUAGAUAAUUUAUCAAGACCUCAGUUGAUGGCCAUAUGUAAGUUCAUGUCUAUUACUCCAUUCGGGAACGAUAAUUUAUUACGUUAUCAAAUUCGUUACAAAUUGAAAUCAAUUAUGCAUGAUGAUAUCAUUAUUGAUUACGAAGGUGUCAAGUCGUUGUCUCCUGAGGAAUUACAUCAGGCAUGUGUCUCCAGAGGUAUUAAAGCCUUCGGUACUUCCCAAGAGGAAUUAACAAAUACUUUAAGUGUUUGGUUACACUUAAGGUUAAAAGAAAAAGUCCCUUCAGUUUUGAUGAUGUUAUCAUCUACUUAUGUAUAUGGUGGUAAAUCUGUAGAAGAUAUUUCUUCAAAAAUUAUUAAAAAGUCACCAUCUUCUACUAAAUCAGCUCCUGUUUCCGAUACAACAAAGAGUGCAGCCACGUACAAUGAGUUAUUAGAAUUAUACUAUGAAGGUAUUUUACAAGUUUUAUCUUCCAUCCCUGACCCUGUCUACAAUGUUGCUAAGUUAGAUGUUACAGAGUCUAAAUCUGAGGCUGCUGAACAAAAGGCUGCCGAAAAAUCCCAAAAGAAUGUUCAACCAUCUCCAACCGAGACUGCAGCUCCUCAAACUGCGAAAACAUCCACUCCUUCUAAGCCUUCGCCUGCUGCAGCAGAGACCACCGCCACUCCAUCUGGUGCUAAGGACACUGUCUCGACCAAAUCUGGUAAGAAACCAGAGGGCGUCGAAACCGUUCCUGAAUUAAAGACCGAAGCGAAAUUAGUUACUCCUAAAUUAGCUAACAAAGAUGUUAAGGUUGUUGCAUCGGCUCCAACUGGAUCUAAAACAGAAGAAGAUCCUGAGUCAGCUGAUUCUAGCGCAUUCAAACUACGUGUCUUGAAGGAACAAGAUGAAUUGAUCAAAAAGGAAGAAGACGAACUGAGGGCAAGAAAGGUGAGAGAACAAAUAGCUGAUGACAUUAAUUUAGAUGAUGUCGAAAAGGAAGCCGUUCCGCCAAAGACAGAACAGCCAAAGAAUAAUAAAAAAAAUGAGUGCAGAUAA